AUGGGAAAUUUAGAAACAGACGCUGAGAAGAAUAUUGAAAUCUGGAGAGUUAAAAAGCUGAUCAAAUCAUUGGAAAGUGCUCGUGGUAAUGGUACAUCCAUGAUUUCAUUGGUGAUUCCACCAAAGGGUCAAAUUUCCAUCUACCAAAAAAUGUUAACAGAUGAAUAUGGUACCGCAUCUAACAUUAAAUCAAGAGUUAACCGUCUAUCCGUUUUAUCUGCCAUUACUUCUACUCAACAAAAGCUAAAACUUUACACUAAAGUUCCACCAAAUGGUUUAGUUAUCUAUUGUGGUGAUAUUAUCAAUGAAGAAGGUAAGGAAAAGAAAGUUACAUUCGAUAUCGAACCUUAUAAGCCAAUCAACACAUCCUUAUAUUUGUGUGAUAACAAAUUCCAUACUGAAGUUCUAUCAGAACUGCUGGAAGCUGAUGACAAAUUCGGUUUCAUUGUUAUGGAUGGUCAAGGAUCCUUGUUUGGUUCGCUUUCUGGUAACACCAGAACCGUUUUGCACAAAUUUUCAGUUGAUUUACCAAAGAAACACGGUAGAGGUGGACAAUCUGCUAUGCGUUUCGCACGUUUAAGAGAAGAAAAGAGACAUAACUAUGUGAGAAAAGUGGCAGAAGUUGCUGUACAAAAUUUCAUCACUAACGAUAAGAUUAAUGUUAAAGGUUUGAUUUUGGCUGGUUCAGCAGAUUUCAAGACCGAUUUGGCCAAAUCUGAACUAUUCGAUCAAAGAUUAGCCUCUAAAAUCAUUAAAAUUGUCGAUAUCUCUUAUGGUGGUGAGAACGGUUUCAACCAAGCAAUUGAAUUAUCUGCAGAAACUUUAGCGAACGUUAAGUUUGUUCAAGAAAAGAAACUUCUGACAGAAUACUUCGAGGAAAUAUCUCUAGAUUCAGGUAAAUUCUGUUAUGGUAUUGAUGACACCCUGAAAGCUUUGGACUUGGGUUCCAUCGAAUCCUUAAUCGUUUAUGAAAAUAUGGAAACUAUAAGAUACGUCUUUAAGAACGAUGAAGGUGAAGAAGUACUAAAAUUCGCAGAACCUGAUCAACUGGACAAAUCACAAGCUAUCGACAAGAAUACUGGUCAAGAGAUGGAAAUCGUAGAUGAAAUGCCACUAAUCGAAUGGCUAGCAGAGAAUUACAAAAACUACGGUGCUCACUUAGAAUUUAUUACCGAUAAGUCAUCUGAAGGUGCUCAAUUCGUCUCUGGUUUCGGUGGUAUCGGUGGUAUUCUACGUUAUAAGGUCAAUUUCGAACAGUUAGUCGAUGAAUCUGAGGAUGAAUACUACGACGGGGAUAUUGGCUCCGAUUACGAAAUUUUCUAA